AUGCCGACGAAUACUCGUACAAGCAAUGCGUGCCAGCGAGUUCUACUCCGUACUGAGUAUUUCGUCCCUUGUAAAUUGACGAGAGAGAUUUCUCCAGCCGGGCAACUAGGCUUGCUGCCGCUGCAUAUUACCACGUGCUCUGCCAACCCUCCAAAUCUCUCCCGGGAGCCAAAUGGUGUGUACCAAUGCUCCGUAUUGGUCCGACACUUGGUUUGGCCCUUACUGGCUCAAGACUUUCGUGCAGUAACGCGUCAACUAGUAUCGUGCAAGAGACAGGGCCCCUGGUUGCGGCUCCCCGACCCCCAUGCUCACGGCCAUCCCAGCCAUCGCCGACCUAUCCGGGAAUCAACUGGCUGGCUCUUGCUCCAGACGCCUGAUAGUCAGUCCUACGGAGCAGAUACGGCGCCUUUCUCUUCCUCGACGCCGUUUCAACUUGACAUCGGCGACUUCACCUCGGCACAGCCCUUCACUUGCUGA